CCCCCUAACCCCGCUUCUCGAGCAUGCUCUCUGUUCUCAGACCUCAAUCCUCUCAGUAUCUGAACUCCCGAAGACUAUGGAAUCUAACCUCUCAACCCACACAUCACGUCGCGCGAAACGAUCUAAAGCUCCAGUCCAGAAGGCAACCGUGAUCAAGUCCGCCGAAGUGAGUCCCAGAAAGACCAGCAACAACAACAUCGACCAAGGGAUCCUUGACAAGAUCCAAAAAUGCCUGAGUCGUGCCAGACACGCCUCCGCAAACGAAGGCGAAGCAAAAGCCGCUCUAUUCCUAGCCCAGAGGAUGAUGGCCCUAUACAACGUCACACAUGCAGAUCUGCUCGCCAAUGACGACGUCGCAGACAAAGCGCAGUAUGGAGGUCGGAGCGUGGUGUCCAUCCAAAACGCCCACGACCGCACCAAGCGCGUCAGAAAAGAGACGUUUGUCGACAAAUUAGCCAAUGCCAUGUGUACCCUCUACGAUUGCAAAUGCUAUUCAGUGGAUAGGCAUGUCUCUAUUGAGUGGUCGUUCUUUGGCAUUGCGGCAAACACGGUCACGGCAGCAGGGGCUUUCGAAGCGGUGCAUAACAAGACGCUCCAAUGGGCAUGUGCGUACAAGGGAGGGACGCCAACGUUCAGCUACCGCAUGGGUCUUGCGGAUGGACUGGUGAGUAUGGCGUAUCGGAUCAAGCGCAGAGAGCUAGUUGAGGUUCGGCGAAAGGAGCUGGACAUGAUUGCCGCCAGCGAUCGAGAAGAAGAAAGGCGGCGAAAGGAGGAACUUGAUCGUAUUCAAAGGUUAGCGCCGUUGAAAGUCGAUGAUGACGAUAAUAACAGUGACGAUGAUGAUGAUUUCGCCAAUAAUGACAGUGGACCGUUCAUUACAAACCCCUCUGACAACAUGGAUGUCGACGAAGUCGGGCAGGUUAGGGAUGGGGGUGGAAGAGCCGAUUUCAAUGAGCAUGAUAUUGAGGUGAUAGAUCUGACAGAGGAUGUGGACGACAACUUGGAGAGAUUGAUCAAACGAGAACGGCCAAAGAGCUUGAAAAUGGACAAUAUCCGUCAACAUCCGGUCAAACCCGAGCCUUCAGCUACGGCAAUCAAGGACGAGAAUACCUCCGCUUCUCCGUGGGCCUCUGAGAUGCAGCUGGUCCGGUUCCGUGCCAUGUCCGAACAGAUUGCAGAAGAUUAUCUCAAGAAGCGAAAUAUCAAGCCUCGGGAGAGGAAGGCUCGGCCUGUGGUUGCUCGACACAUCGAUUCUUAUCGUCAAGGCUGGAGGGACAGCAGCAAGAUUGAUAUCCCACUCCCUUCUACUGUCACUUAAGAUAUGCACGAAUGUUACUGUUUUCUUGUUUCCUAGUUAGUUAGCAUAGUGGUUCUGACGUCUCACCAUAGGAUCCCGCCUCAAGGAUCUUGCGGAGCGAGGUCCUCGUAAAUGGAACACCUUCUUCCUGCAUUAUGGUCCCACUCAUGAUAUUUGCAAGUAUAGCAGGGCCAACAUGCAUAAAUCCCACCUGCGGCACAGUGACGCCAUAUAACUGUCGGAAGAUGGGUUUUUCCCCUGUGCUUGGGUGCCAGGCUGCACAGAUUAGUAGUUAACUAUCCAAAAUGGUAGUGAUUUAGGU